AUGGCGUCACGGACCAGAACAGACGAUUACGGCGCGCCGCUUCCGCCCAAGGUCUUGGUCGAGUAUAAAGAUUCUGACGACAUAUUGGCCGACGUUGUCGCCAUCCACGGAUUUGGGGCGCACCCGACGGACGCUUGGACGUUCGAAGGCGAGGGCAAGAAUACAAACUGGCUCACCGACGAGACCAUGCUGCCGGCUGCUUGCCCAAAGGUGCGCAUUCUCAACUUUAGCUAUGACUCGAUGCAGAUGGGGGACAAUCCGGCCAGAGGGUCGAUCCCAAAUCUCGCCAUGAAGCUACUAUCAGGGCUAGUGGAGAAAAGGAGAGAGUGUCAAACCCGGCCCAUCAUAUUUGCGUACAUGAUUGCUAUGAUGCACACGUCCGACUACCCUUUCAUAUACGACUCGAUCACGGGCUUCCUGUCACUCGGCACUCCCUACAAGGGAUUCUCGUCUGCCAAGAGCCUGAAACAAAUGUAUGCAGAGAUCGUCCUCGCACAGAUGCGUACAGAAAGCAACCUAGGCAGCUCUCUAGCCGAGGAUAAUGAUAUGCUUGUCGGCAUCGUCUACGAUUUUGCACGCAAGAUCAACACUCGCACGUCUCCGCCUGUAGUCUUCUGCUUCUUUGAAGAGAGACUUACCAAGUUCGGGGCUAUUGCCGGUGUCGAGACCGACUUGGAGUUUGUUGUCAACGAAUCGUCAGGCACUUUGAACGGGCACCCCAAGGCCGGAUUGUCUCUGGGACACUUCGAAAUGAACAAAUUCGAAGACAGCGAAGAUUGCCACUACCAGUCUGUUAGCUAUGAGAUCAAGAAUAUGGUCCCAUAUCAGUAA